AUGCUGACUGCACAAGAGCAGUCAAGUCAACCUAGAACAGAAGAUAAUGGUACUCAACAGGCUCCUCGCAAAAUACGAUUCGACGUUGAUACAGAAGAUGGAGAUACUACUAUGCGGGCAGCUGGACCAGAAAUAUCAUCAAUUCCUCGUACCGAUGCACCUGGAUUGACUUCAGUUGGAGCUGCUCCUCCAAUGUCAUCACAACAACGGCAAUCACAAAUCAAUCGCAGGAGAGCAAUGGCUGCCAUUGCAAUGGAAAUGGCCGCGAAUGAAGUACCUAAAGCUCGUGACACUAUGGCUGAAGAAGUUCGUAAAAAGUUUGAAGACUUUUUGGAUGAAUAUGAAGAUGAACAAGGAACGCAUCACUAUGUUGAGCAGAUCAAGGGUCUACGAGCUUCAGAGUCAACAACCAUCUAUGUUGACUAUGAAAAAUUGGUACAGUGUGAUGAUACAGUUGCUAAAGCUAUUAUGCAGCAAUACUAUCGUCUUGAUCCAUAUUUGCGCAAAGCAGUACAGAAUCUCGUACGAUCUCAUGAUCCAGAAUAUCUGCGUGUUGGUGCAGGUCCAUCUGCUGCAACUGAGAGUGGUACUUUGAGAGAGUUUUGGGUUAGCUUUUAUGGUAUUCCUGCUACUCGAAGACUAAGAGAGUUACGAACUGACUUGUUGGGAACUCUCCUAUCGGUAUCUGGCACCGUGACUCGUACUUCUGAAGUUCGACCAGAACUUCUGUGGGGUACCUUCCGAUGUCCAGAUUGUGGAACUAUUAUGAAUGACAUCGAACAAGAAUUCAAGUUUACGGAACCUACCAUCUGUUCCAAUGCUACUUGUGGUAAUAGACUGGGCUUUGAAGUAGUAUUGGCCCAAUCCAAGUUUGCUGACUGGCAGAAAGUUCGGGUGCAAGAGAAUGCCAAUGAGGUACCAAGUGGUGCUAUGCCACGUAGUAUGGAUAUCAUCUUGCGUAAUCAAGUGGUUGAGACUGCUAAGGCUGGUGACAAGAUCAUUAUUACUGGAACUCCUAUUGUUGUGCCUGACAUUACUCAGCUUGCUGGUGGUCGUGUUGAAGGACAACGUGGUCGUAACGAAGAUGGUCGUGGUUCAGCAAACACUAAUGGUGAUGGUGUUUCUGGUCUCAAAGCUCUCGGUGUUCGUGACUUGACGUACAAGAUCACCUUCUUGGGUUGUUUUGUUCGACCAGCCGAAGCUCGUGGUCCUGCUGGCUUGAGCAAUUCUGAAGAAGCAGAGCUGACUGCUGAAGCUGUAUUGCAAACUUACUCUGACGAAGAACUCGCAGAGUUGAAUGAAAUGAAACAAGACAGAAUGUUGUAUGCUAAACUUAUUGGAAGUGUUGCACCUCACAUUUUCGGUCAUGAGGAAAUUAAGAAAGGAGUCUUGCUUCAGUUGUUGGGUGGUGUUCAUAAAGUAACUCCUGAAGGCAUCCAUUUACGUGGGGACAUCAAUGUUUGUAUUGUUGGUGAUCCGUCUACUGCAAAAUCUCAAUUCCUGAAAUAUGUGUCAAGAUUUAUUCCUCGAGCUAUAUACACAUCUGGCAAGGCUUCCUCCGCAGCAGGUCUGACGGCAAGUGUCACGAAAGAUGAAGAGACAGGGGAAUUCACUAUCGAAGCUGGUGCUCUAAUGUUGGCCGACAAUGGUAUUUGUUGUAUUGAUGAAUUCGACAAGAUGGAUACAACGGAUCAAGUUGCCAUUCACGAGGCCAUGGAACAGCAAACCAUCAGUAUUGCUAAAGCGGGUAUUCAGGCCACUCUGAAUGCUCGUACAUCCAUUCUGGCUGCGGCGAAUCCAGUUCAUGGUCGUUAUGACAAGAAGCUCUCUCUCAAGCAAAACAUUCAAAUGUCGAGUCCUAUCAUGUCUCGUUUCGACUUGUUCUUUGUGAUCUUGGAUGACUGUGAUGAGACAACUGAUUACAACAUUGCUCGUCAUAUUGUCAACUUCCAUCGACAUCGUGAUGAGGGUAUUCAAUCAGAAUACAGUCAAGAUCAGCUCGCUCGUUACUUGAGAUACGCCAAGAGCUUGAAGCCUAAGAUGACUGUGGCGGCUCGUGAAUACUUGGUAAAGCAAUAUCGACAGCUACGACAAGAAGAUUCUACGGGUGUGAAUCGAUCAUCAUAUCGUAUUACAGUCCGUCAGUUGGAGAGUAUGAUCCGAUUGUCUGAAGCAUUAGCCAAGAUGCACUGUGACCAAGAAGUCAACAUACACUAUGUCAAAGAAGCAGCACAAUUGCUUCGAACUUCAAUCGUUCACAUUGAUCACGACGAUGUAGAGAUGAAUGAGGAUGAUGACGCAGAAUUGGUUCGCAUUGCUGAAGAAGCCGAACGACUCCAUCAAGCAGCACAAGCUACUGCUAUGGAAAUGGAUUAUAACACUGAAGGUGAAGCAGGUGGUGCACCAGCAGCUCCAGAUGCUGCUCCAAUGGAUGUAGAUGGACAAGGACCAGAUGAGCCUCGUGCUAGUGCCAAACUCCGUCUUCCAUAUGACGAGUAUCAACGUAUAUCUAAUGCAGUGGUAGCAGAAAUCACUCGUCAUGAAGGUAGAUCUCAAGACGGGUCAGCAGGCAUGCGAAAGUCUGAGCUGAUUGAUUGGUAUAUGGAAAGUAAAGAAGAUGAUAUCGAGACUGAAGAGCAGCUACAUGCUGAACGUAAAAAGGUUAAGGCCGUGUUAUCACGUCUCAUAAACCGUGACAAUGUAUUGAUUGAGUUGAGGGAGACUGGAUUAAUGGCAGAUGGUGCUGAAGGUGAACAGGCUGACCCACGGGCUCCUUCUAAUGAUCCUAUCGUUGUUAUUCAUCCCAAUUAUGUUCCUCAAGAAGAGUUUUGA